GUGUGAGUGAGAGAGAGUGUGUUAAGAGGACAGAGAGAGAGAGAACGAGAGGCAAGAGGAAGGACAGGCGAGGCAACAGACAAGGAGCAAAGUUUGUAAGCGAGAGAACUGUGCGGGAGAAUGCAACACAAACUCUGACACUCUCCCUGACAAUAGUCUUCCUCAAGGAUCCAGGAGUUCAAACCUUGGAUGGAAACAUUCGUGGCAAUUCACUUCCCUGGGAAGAAGAAUCGGGAGCAGAUAACCUUCGAUUGGAUUUCUAGAUGUUCCCAAUCAGGUCCUAGGCUGUUGUAUUUAGGCACAUCUGAAGGACUUUACAAGCUUUUGACUGCACAGCACUGGAACAUGGAUUUGUGUGAGACUAGUUCAUCUACAUGUUUCUCUCUACGGACUUGUCAUCCAUGCUCGAAAGUUAGUCACUUUCUGUUUCAUGUUUGAAUGGAAAACAGGAACCUCAUCCAAAGUUCAACAUCUCAUAAUCCCAGAUCCAGCCGUUCCGAAGACUUUGAAUAUGCCUAGUUACCUGGCAUGGAUGUAGAUGAAGUCGUCCCUUUGUAAGAAGCUUUAAGACUUCUGAUCAACUUGAAAGCCUACAGUUUAUGGUGGAUAAACCAGCGGACAAUCCAGUAUUUCCUCCCAACCAAUAAAUAAACCUCUUGAAUCUAUUUAGCUUUUUCAACAGACCUCCAGACUUUUUUGUGGAACAUGAGCCUGACACAGAAUAGCAGCAUCUCUACCCCUUCGUUGAGUCCAAAUUCUGGCAACAGUGGAGCAGGAACUGGCUCGAGUGGAGGUGGAGGGGGUGUAACAUGGGUAACCCCUCUUCUGGGUGCCACCCUUGUCACCAUGUGUGUCCUGGGUGUGGCAGGCAACCUGUACACCUUAGCCAUAAUGCGCUCAGCUGUUCUGCGCCGUGCUGGAUCCAUGCACGUCUUCAUCGUGAACCUUGCAGCAGCUGACCUGCUCUACCUGGCCACCAUCCCCUUUGUGGUGUGCACCUACUUUGCCCAUGACUGGUUCUUCGGUGAGACAGGCUGCCGGGUGCUGCUGAGCCUGGACCUGCUCACCAUGCAUGCCAGCGUUUUUGCACUAGUGGCAAUGAGCAUGGAGCGUUAUCGAGCUGUGGCUGCCCCUUUCCAUGCCCGUCGCCAUUCCACCAUCCGCCGCCACUGGAUGGUGGCACUGGGCAUCUGGACUGCAGCCUUCGUCCUUACGUUACCCAUGAUGGUGAUGAUCCGGCUACGAGAGGGACGUCCAGGACCGGGCGGUCUGGUCAAGCGUAUCUGCUUCCCCACCUGGAAGCUGGAGGCCUUCAAAGCCUAUCUAACUGUGCUUUUCUUCACUAGCAUGCUUGUUCCCGGUUUGGUUAUGGUGGGGCUAUACGCUGGUUUAGCAAGACGCUACUGGACAGCGCAGGCUAACCUGAACCGCAGAGGAGGAACAGGAGCUGGAAGAAGGACAAAACUCAAGCAUAAAGUGGUGGCCAUGAUCUUCAGCAUCGUGGUGGCUUACUGGGCCUGCUUUCUGCCUUUCUGGGGUUGGCAGAUGGCCAAGCUCUUCUCAUCUGAGUCACUGCGCUCGCUCUCACCUGCCGCACACACUUACGUCAACUUCUUUGUCACCUGCCUGACCUACGGAAACAGUUGUGUGAACCCGCUACUCUACACUCUGCUCACCCGCAACUACAAAGACUACCUGGCUCAGAGGGGACAGUCCUCAUGCUCUAGUCGUGGCGACCAGGGGUCGGCUGCAGGGGGCAAUGCAUGAAAUGAUCAUAGGCCAGUUUGACCUUCAUGCUUUGGACCUUGACAUCUCAGUUUAAUUUGCAGAUUCUGAAUAGUAUUCUUUUUUAUAUUAUGAAUUGAUGUGCCACUGGUUCCCUGUCCAGGGGGUCUUUCUGCCUAGCACCUAUCGAUUCCAGGUAGGAUCUGGGUUAAUCUCGACCAUGAUCUGGAAGAAGUGGAUACGGAGAUGGAUGGUUGUUUGUUUGAUGUACCUCUAAUGGUGCUUUACAUGGUGUAUUACAUACUAUGUCUGACUGUAUGUAUGAACUGUCAAACUACUGUCAAACUCGUUCCUUCAACUUUCCUGAAACUUCAUAUACUACCUGACCAGAAAGACCAAUCAUAAGUCUCCAAUUACAGGGGUCUCAAUACCUUCAAAAAUUCAUAGACAAUUCUGCGAAGUGUGUGUGCUUGGUUACAGCUUUUUUGCACAGGUAUUGUUAAGAUUAUGAUGGGUGGACUGUUAAGAUAAAGAUAUACUUGCUGUUAACAUACGCAAGAUGGAUGCAUCACAUUUCCUGCAUCCUUUUGGUGCAUUAGUCCCAGAUAGGACAUCCGGACAGAGCACGGUAAGUGCCAACAUUCCUUGUUGGCAGGUAUAAUAUGACAGGUGGUCCGAGCUGCAAUCGCCAAAAACCCUGUUUACAGAGUAUAAUAAAGGAAUUGGUCUGGGAAUUGCCUGCUUAUGCCAAACCUCUGGUUUAUAAGGAUUUAUAAACCACAUUCCGCAUGGCUGAUGCUGAGUCUACCAUAUAAAAGCCAAGCUCAGGCAGAUUCUUCCUGUUUUCUAGGACAGGGCAGUGCUGAAAAGUUUUGAAGAACAGAUACCUACAUCUUCCCACUGUGGGCAGUGGAAGUUUCUAAUUAAAGCCUUCAGUAACAUGUGUAGCACAUAGGCAAGUAUAUGAAUAUCUCUAGCCUUAAGAUAUGCAGGGAAAUGGGGUGAGAUAAUUCCAGCUACUUUUAGAGCACUUUGAAUGGGUCUGACCUUUUCCUAAAUGUCAACCCUAGUUUCCAGGAUUUUUCAUAAACGGUGCUUUAGAGGACUGCUGUUGGGAUGCGUUUCAAAUGUGAUGGACGUCUGAAACAAUGACAUUUGAUGAACUGCUGCGCAAGAAGUUAUGAUGACUCAAGUAAGUUGGAACUUCAAGACUUUGACUUUGUUUCGGCAGUCCUCUGAACUUGCGAUCAGGUUGCCAAUGAUUCAGUGGCACAUGUACCAAGAACCCAGGACUUUAUUUUCUUAUAGAGCUAGGCUAUUCAUACUGUGGUGCAUAAAAGUCUGUGAUUCCUUUAGAAUUUUAGAUAUUUCUGCCUAAAUCUGAUGCAAAACUUUUUCACACAAAUAAGCAGAAUCAGACAAGCAGAAUCAAAACAAAGCAGACAAAAAUAUUAGACUCUGUAUGCAUUAAUUGAGAAAAAUGAUCCAAGAUUACAUAUAUGUUGGUGGCAAAGAUAUGUUAACCAGCUCUGAUAUGCUGUUGUUUUUCCUCCCAAGAACUGCUGGUUCAGCUCCUUCCAAAACAUUUCUACUCGAUUAGGGUUAUUUUUUGGGUCAUUCCAGUACAUGAAUUUUACGCUUCUUUGUCCUUCAUUUAAGUUUGAUAUUUUUUUGUGCUUAGGUUAAUUGUCUUGCUGCAUGGCCAACAUUACUGCAGUGGUACUGCUUUCUAAAAAUAAGAAAAUAAUAAUUAGAUACAUUUACUCACUUAAUGCCAUGAAUGGCACACAGAUGCCCCAUAUGUGGCCAUGUGAAGUUUCUAGAAUCAGGCAUAAAUAAGAGACCACUUUAGAUUCUGAAUCAGUGUCUCUGAUUUUGCUAUUUAUAGGUAUAUGAGAAAAAGGAACAAUUGCUUUUGGAUAACUUUAUCCCACUCCUGGUGCAAAAAAUUGAGCAGUUCAGCUUGGUUUGAUGGCUUGUGAUCAUCCAUUAAAGAGGUUAUUAAAGAGGUUUUCAAUUUGAUAAAAUCAAAGAAACUCAUCAUUUUAAGUGGUUUCAUAUUUUUUUCAGAGCUGUAUAUUCAGAGCAUACCUGGGUGGGCAGUGUAGGGUAGGCAGCAUGCUGAAUUAGAAUUACUUUUGUGAUACCUUUGGGACUGUCAGUACCCCCUUAAGUCAGGACCCCUUGCUUAAGAAAUAAUCUUAUUUGUUCAAGCCAUGAUACACUUCAACCCAUGUGUUGCGAAGAUAAAACUUUAAUAGAGUCCUGUUUUACACCUGAUUAUGAUCCCAAUGGUUGAAAACACUUGACCCUUAUUUCUAAUUCUAAAAUUUCCUUUUAAUCCUAAGGGUUCACAUACUUUUUCCAUCCACAUCGAUUUGCAAUGUAGGAUAAUUUCCUCAAUAAAUACACGAUAAAAGUUUAAUAAUUUUGUCUCAUUUGUUUGAUUUGGUUUUCUUUAAGUAUAUAUCUGAAAAUAAUUUAAGUGUAACAUAAGGUUUUUGGUCAAAUUCAUGAUGAAAUAUUGGAAU